CGCCAUGUUUGGUCAGUCUGAUGAUUUCUAUGGUAACUGUGACCGUCCUCGCUCUGUAAACAAUCACAUCUUUGGCACAAUGAAAACCGUUUUUGUGACAGUUGGAACAACUUGCUUUGACGAUUUGAUAGUCAGUCUGACUUCAGAUGAAACUGUAGAGGCGUUAAUACAGAGAGGAUACACGGACGUGGUGCUUCAGGUUGGCCGUGGAUCCUAUAUUCCUGAUGCACACAGCUGUCCUGGACUGAGGCUUGAGGUUUUUUGUUUUAAAGAGUCAAUCGCUGAAAACAUUCAGAGCGCAGAUCUAGUUAUUAGUCAUGCUGGAGCUGGAAGUUGUCUGGAGGUUUUAGGAGCGGGAAAGCCUCUUCUUGUUGUGAUUAAUGAUAAAUUAAUGGACAAUCAUCAGCUGGAGCUGGCCAAGCAACUGCAGGCCGAUGGCCAUCUCCUCUACUGCACCUGCAGCACUCUCGCAGAGACUCUGCGUAACAUGGACCUGUCCACACUGCUGCCAUUCCAGCGAGGUCAGCCUGAAAACUUUGCUCAGUUUUUGGACAAAGCAGUCGGAUUUGUUUGAGCAUUGCCGGAUGUUUUGUACUGAAUGGAACUACACAACAUAGAAAACAUACAAAACUUUGUGUUUGGAGAACAGCAGACUAUCAAAGUCUGUUUAUCUCAGGCCAAGGAUUAUCACAAACAAAUCAGUUGAAUAUCGGUUGUACUUUCUACGACAGAAAUUGAUUUCAGUAGCACUGUUGCACAAUAACAGCUGCACAAUGUUAUGUAUAUGUAAAUUUCUUUUCUAAAAAAUAAAGUAUUUUUCUAUCAA